CGAUUCCUUUUCCUGUCUCCGCGGUUCGAAAGAGUCGGCGGCCAGGCAGCCGAGGCCGAGCCGGGGUUUGUGCGGGAGGGGGCUCUUCUCCGCCGGGGCGCCCGCUGGUUCUGGACAGACUCCAGUGGAGACCGAUCGGCACUUCGGACCAGGCUGCCUGCUUCUUAACAAAGAAGAAAGAUCGCGUCACGAAGCAACCGAGAAGCGGCGAAACACUGAGUUUUGGUGCGGGGCUCUUCUGCGUAAACUUCCCAUCGUCGGAGAAAACAAGCGAGGAGGAGGGGGAGGAGGGGCGAGGCGGACAGGGAGGGAUCUGCCCUUGGCUGCCUCGGCUGUGGACAGGACGAUGCUGUCCAACUCUCAGAAUCAGAACCCGCAGGUACUUUUCCCCAACCCGCCGCCUCCUCCCCCACCGCCGCUUCAGCCGCCGCCGCCACCGCAGCAACAAUUGGCCCAGCAACAACAGCAGUUCCCCCAGUUCCACAUCAAGUCCGUCCUCCCGAUCAAGAAAAAUGCCAUCACGGACGAUUACAAGGUCACCACGCAAGUGCUGGGGCUGGGGAUUAAUGGGAAAGUUUUGGAAAUCUUUAACAGGAAAACAGGAGACAAGUUUGCUCUGAAGAUGCUGCAAGACUGUCCAAAAGCACGCAGGGAAGUGGAGCUCCACUGGAGGGCAUCCCAGUGCCCUCAUAUCGUGAAGAUUAUGGAUGUUUAUGAAAACCUUUACCAGGGUCGGAAAUGCCUCCUGAUAGUCAUGGAAUGCUUGGAUGGUGGGGAACUCUUCAGCCGAAUUCAAGACAGAGGAGACCAGGCUUUCACAGAAAGAGAGGCUUCUGAAAUCAUGAAGAGCAUCGGAGAAGCCAUUCAGUAUUUACACUCAAUCAACAUUGCACACCGGGAUGUUAAGCCAGAAAACCUCUUGUACACCUCAAAAAGGCCCAAUGCUGUAUUAAAACUCACAGACUUUGGCUUUGCUAAAGAAACUACCACACAUAACUCUCUAGCUACACCUUGCUACACGCCAUACUAUGUGGCUCCAGAAGUAUUAGGCCCAGAGAAAUAUGACAAGUCUUGUGAUAUGUGGUCCCUUGGCGUCAUCAUGUAUAUUUUGCUGUGUGGGUAUCCCCCUUUCUAUUCCAACCACGGUUUGGCCAUUUCUCCCGGUAUGAAGAAACGGAUCCGGAUGGGUCAAUAUGAAUUUCCAAACCCAGAGUGGUCUGAGGUAUCUGAGGAAGUCAAACAGCUGAUCCGGAAUUUGCUGAAAACAGAUCCAACUCAGCGGAUGACUAUAACAGAGUUCAUGAAUCAUCCAUGGAUCAUGCAAUCAAUGCAGGUGCCACAGACGCCGCUGCACACUAGCAGGGUUUUGAAAGAAGAGAAGGACCUUUGGGAGGAUGUAAAGGAGGAAAUGACAAGUGCCUUGGCCACUAUGAGAGUGGAUUAUGAACAAAUCAAGAUUAAGAAAAUUGAAGACUCAUCUAACCCAUUGCUUAUGAAGAGGCGGAAGAAAACAACCCCCCCUGAACCUACAACACUCCCUCACUGAACGCUCAGUAGAAUCCAGCCUGGUGAUUGUGAAAGCAAUAACUAUAUCUAUAUAUUUUUAAAACAAAUUGGAGAUAAGACUGUCACAACAAACGCAUGGAAUUCAGAUCUUUAUACCAGACUAGUUAUUUUUUUAGCUGCCCUUGUGGUUCUGACCGUCCUGGGGUCAGGCAGGAGACAGCUGCUCUCUGUACAAUACAUCUAUAUUAUUUUUAUUUUUUGUCCUAUAGGGGGAUGUUUCUGGUAAUUGGAUUUCUAUUGAUAAACUCUCCCUUUGUGUUUUUUUUCCCAAAGAGACACUGAAAUUCCUGUGAUCACCAUUUAAGGGUUAAUAAUAUAUAUCUAUAUAUUUUUAAAACUACUGUAGAGUUGAAAUCCAGACAGUCAACAGUCAAGUGCUAAGUUGGUUGUUGUUGUUGGGUUUGUUUUUAAGAGUUAAAAGGCUUUCAGUUUUGUGUCAAAGAAGGGCUGUUGCAGGCAUUGUUGACACUGGUCUUCAUUUAACACCAGGAACAAUUUAUUUGUUCUUGGACCUUAAGCUUAGUUUGCAGCUCUUCAACGUUAUUGAUAAAAUGUCCAAAGUGCUAGACAGAAACCUUAAACUGGAAGCCUCUUUCUACCUGGGUAUGCACAGGAUUACUCACUUGUGUGUUUAUGGAUUGUAUGUAAUAAUGUGGCAGGAGGUAUAUGAGGUGUCUCUAAGUAUGGGCAGGAAGGCACCCACUUCUGUAUUCUACCUUGACAGGUAGUGGUGGAAUCUGUGAUGCACCCAGAAUUCAGUUAUGAUCUCAGGGUAUUUGGGUGGCUGGGGCAAAGGAGAAGGAGCUUGUUGAGUCAUUGACGAUUGUUCUGUUUCAUUUGCUGACACAGCCUUCCUGGAGUAUAAGCCAGACUAUGGCCUGUUGCCCAGUCCCCACCACCACCUCACUUGGGGAAAAAGCCUGUGUCCUGGGUGCAUUUCAACUGAUCUCAUGCUGUAAAGUUACAGGCUCAUGGCAUCCAUAUCAAUGAACAUUUUGUUGUGACUGUUUUGUUGCUGUUCUUGUCGCUGUUUUUGGCAGCCCUAAUGCUUGGCUUUACCGGGAAAUUGCAACUCAAUGGGAAUUCAUAGCACAGGCUCAAAUCUGAGAUACACUUCCCAUUGAAGUAUAACUUGAAACAUACAGGGUCGAUAGCCCAGCUGCCCAUUCUCUUGUGCAAGAUACAAUGAGAAAUGGAAGUAUUGCAAAAAUGGGGCUUUGCUUGGUGGAUCCCUGGGUAUUGCUUGACCACAUGGCACAGAUGUCAACAGUAUGAGAAGAUAACAGGGGUCCUGCCCAGAAAAGCAUAAGGCCUCAGCUGUAGUUUGAAGAAGUGACGAUGGAAUCUAUAUGGGCCACAGACUUCAGCUGGAAUUCUGCUUCACUGUUUUUGCCUAAAGCCAUGUUCUCUUGAAUCUUGACUCUUAUUUUAACUGUUAUCUUAGAAGAGGGUAAAGUGUUCCUUCACAUAAUAGUUUGCCUCAUUAUGCUGGUGGUCAAUCGCUUUCCCCUACACUUCUGUAUAUCUUUAGUCCAUGAAUGAGUAUCUUUUGCAACACUUGUUUCACUGGCAUUUUAAUGUUUCAAAACACAUACUUUCUUUUCUUUUUUUAAAAGAAAGGUCUAGCUUUUAGGUGACAUUUUAGACACUGUAUGGAAUUUUAAUUUGUAAGGAAAAAAGUUUUACUUUUUUGGUGUCUCAUUGCUGAAACAAGUUCUUUAAUCUGUUUUCCCCCAUUUUGAAUUAAAGACACCUAAUACAUCCGA